GAUUAAUAUAAUAUUUCAUUUUCAAUUUGUUUAUCAUUUCACGGUCCGGUCCUAUACAAGAAAGAGUCUCUGUUGCUCUCUAUAAAUAAAAUCCACGCAUCGAGAGAAAACAACAUGCCAUCUGAUACUUCUUUUUCUCCUUUUGGAAGUAUUUAAGAGAACCAAAAUCACUUAAGAGGUGAGUGAUCAAUGAAAGGUGCAAUGGAAAAAGUGAGAGAGAUAUGGAGAGAAGGGAGGAGAGUAGGAAAAGAAGACCCAAGAAGAAUAGUUCAUUCUUUCAAAGUGGGACUUGCUCUUGCUUUGGUCUCUUCCUUCUACUAUUAUCAACCUCUCUACGAUAACUUUGGUGUCAAUGCAAUGUGGGCUGUCAUGACCGUCGUCGUCGUCUUUGAAUUUUCUGUAGGUGCCACACUUGGGAAAGGAAUAAAUAGAGCAGUGGCAACAUUAGUAGCUGGAGGACUAGGAGUUGGAGCUCAUCACCUAGCAAGUUUGUCCGGUCCAACAAUAGAACCUAUUCUACUCGCCGUCUUUGUCUUUGUGCAAGCUGCGUUAUCGACGUUCGUGAGGUUCUUCCCACGGGUGAAGGCGAGAUAUGAUUACGGGAUACUGAUAUGAUGAAUAAAGAAGACCGAGUCUUUUGCUGUUUGUUUCGAGUAUUUCUUGUUGUUUAAGUUAUUUGAAUAAGUCUUCCUCUGUUAUAGGAAGUGGUUUAGUUGUUAUCGAGUUUGUAGGAAGUAGUUGUACGAUUUGUUAUUUAAGCAACGCUUACGUUGCCUUUGUCAAAAUAAGAAAACAGAACUUUCGGUU